AUGAGUUAUAACAAUCGCUAUGACGCCCUCAAUGGCGUGGAAGAUUUUGUUGACACGCAUGAAGAUAGGUAUGAGGAAAAAUAUGAAGAUGAAAAUAAUAACCCUCAAAAAAGAAAUGAACAAAGGGAAAAAAAAAAAAAAAAAAAAGAUUUAAAAGGAUACAACGCGGACGUUAACCUGACAGAAAAAGGAAGUUUCGAAGAAGAAGAAGAAGAAGACAGGGAAUCGGGACAGCAAAAUCUCAAAGGAAGCAUCGAUAGGAACAGCCACAAAAAAGAGAGCAAAGAAAAUAUUUUAAGAAAUAGCUCACGCAUUCUAACGAAUGAAAAAAAAAAAAAAAAAAAAAAUUCGAAUGAAAUUUUUGAAGACGAAAAAAUGAAUGACGAAAAAAAAGCAUCCAUCAAGGAUAAUGUGUAUGAAAAUUUUAUAAGGGAGUAUCAGAAUUUACAAUCCUUGUUCUCUUUCAACAAAGACCAAAAUACAGAGCUGAGAGCAGAUGUGAAGGGGAAAAAAACAGAAGGAGAGAUGAUGAGAGCUGCUGAGAAGGGGAAAAAAACAGAAGGAGAGAUGAUGAGAGCUGCCGAGAAGGGACGAGAAACGGAAGGAGAAAAGCAGAGGAAGUGUUCAUUUGAUGAAUCUUUGAGCAAAGUAGUGGAUAGAAAUUUGGCUGAAGGGAUCACUCGAAAAAGUACACAUGAAGAUGUGGUAGAUGUCAAAAAAAAGAAACAAGAGAAUCAGAUUCCUACGCAUCAUCAGUAUAGGAGAAACUCAAAGAAGGGAUCCUCAAAUGAUGCAAAUCGAGAUAGACCCCAUGAACUAAACGAGAGUGAAGACAGAUGCGUUGAUCCUAUGGAACAUUUGUCUCCUGAUUUUAAGAAUUAUGAUAAUAUUGGUUCUAUUGAAAAAGAGAAGGAAGAAGGAAUAAAGCGAAUAGAAAGCAUAAAGAAUUCGAUGGAAUGUUAUUCUAAGAGGUCUGAUAUAAAUGACGAAAGUGGUGAUAGUAAUGAUAUAGCUUUUUUCAGUAGUGAUAAUCGGGAUGUAAAUUUUGGUUUUAGUGGAACCCAUGAUGCAUCUAACAAAGAAGUGAUUGACAGGAUUAACUUAAGAGAAACGUAUGUCCAUUCAGAAGAAAAAAGUAAAAGCAGAAAAAAAUCAGAUGAAGGAAUCUUAGCAGAAUGUCAAGUUAAAAAAAAAAAAACAGAAGGAAAAAGUAAAUAUAUGAAAAGAGAAUCAAGUAGUGGAAACAUGAAAAAGAUGAUGAAUCAAAUAGAAAUAUAUCAAAGUAGAAUAAAGGGAAAUUUCAUAAAUGAAGAGAAAUAUAUGAAUAUGGAUUCAUUAAAACGAUUAUCAAUUAAUAGAAAUAAAAUGGAAAUAGAUGAUAGUAGCUACUUUCAAUAUGAAAUCAAUAAUUCCAAAAAGUUACUUCACAAAAACAUGAGUAAUUUAUAUAGUAUGAAUGGAUCUAAUUUAACAUUCCAUCAGGAUUUUUUUAAAGACAUUUUACCAUUAAGUGAUGAGAAAAAAAAAGAAAAAAAAAAAAAAAAAUCUAGUAAACAACACAAUUUUGAUAAUUUUGACCAUCUAUCUUACUUUUCAGAAAUGAAAAUUGCAAAAAUGUUAAAGAAUAAUCGUAACUCCUCCAUUCACCAAGAAACCACAUUUAGUAAGAAGUUAAUCUCAAAAAGAGAAAAAUCCAAUCAUAAGAAGAGUACCAUUGUUGGGGUUAUGAGUGCAGACGGAAGACCUCCUUUGGAUGUUGAAGAUGACAAUGAUGGGAUGAAAACGAGAGAGGAAAUGCAGGUGCAUAGAGGGAAGGAUAGAGGAAUGUGCACGAAGUAUGAUGAUACUCUGAAUGAGAUUGAAAAUGAUUCUGGUGAUAACAACACCCAUAGUGGAAACAAUCGGAAUAAUGACAUUCCCAGUGAUGUCAUUCCAAGUGAUGGCAUUCCAAGUGAUGGCAUUCCAAGUGGUGACAUUCCAAGUGGUGACAUACGAAAUGAUAGUGGGAAUUUCAAUCUAUCUGAAGGAAGCUACAAGGAAAAGAAGAAGAAGAAAAAGAAAAAAAAAAAGAAAAAAUCACAAGGAGAUGUAAUUAAAAAAAUCCUGAAUGGACAAAUGGAGGGAGAACAAAACAUGAAGGAGAAUAACAAGUUUUAUAAAAAUACAAAAGUAGGAGAAAAGAGAAAUUCAAAUGAAACACAAAAUAAUUUGAUGAGCUACUCCCUAGGGGAGGCAGGGGAGAUCAAUUUGCACAGCUCUUCAAAGAAAAUGGAAUUAUAUGAUGAUACACAAAAAGAACUUUACAAUGCCAUGCUUAAUGAUUAUCUGGAUAAUAACAAAUCCAUCCAUCAUAGGAAUAUUUAUGACAAUGAUUCACGUGUAUGUGAAAUUGAUGAUUACAGAAGUGAUGUUUUACACAAGGAUUCCCGUGGACACACAAAUGAAAUACAGAAUCACAAAUGGUUGAGAAGGAGAAGAGGGAAGAACUGUGGGGUAUAUGGAAAUAUAGAAAGAUCCAAGAGAAAGGAAAAAGGAAAUAAAAAAAGAAAUGAAGAACAUAUUAAUGAGGAUAUGAACGAGUUUGUGAGUUCUUUAUUGGAUAAUAAAAUUUUAAGAAAAACGAUGAGCAAUAUGGAUUUUAAUCACAAUAUUGUGCACAAGAAGGAGAUAGAAAAUGGGGAAGAUGGAGGAGAGGUAGAAAAUGGGGAAGAUGGAGGAGAGGUAGAAAAUGGGGAAGAUGGAGGAGAGGUAGAAAAUGGGGAAGAUGGAGAAGAGGUAGAAAAUGGAGAAGCAGAAAAUGGAGAAGAGGUAGAAAAUGGAGAAGCAGAAAAUGGAGAAGAGGUAGAAAAUGGAGAAGCAGAAAAUGGAGAAGAAUUAAAUCAAGAGAAAAGAAAAAAACUAAUCAUGCGCAGAUUAUCAAAAGUUAUCCGAACGCAAGACAUCAACUCGGAGAUAGAAAUGUUACAUAGCGAAAUUUUAAAAAAAAAAGUUUCAAAAGAUUGCGUAAGCAUUUUUGAGAAGAAAAAAAAAAGUUUUCAUAAAUUUGACAAAUACUUAGAAAUGAUGAAUGUAAAAAAAAAGUUGCACGAGAAGGAUCAAGAGAGAAGGAAAAGUCUAAAGACUAAUAACAAGGAUUUGAAUUAUGAAAAUGCAUUUGCUCCUAGUAGCGUGAUGCAUGAAGAUGAUUAUGAUGUGUUAUGCCAUGAAAAGAAAAAAAAAACAUCGUACGUAAAAUCAGGAGCCAUGAACUAUGAAGGAGAUAAUGACCAUAACUUUAAAAAAUCCAAGGAUCAAAAUGGACAUGUAGAAAUGGAUAUUAUUAAUUCGGUUGACGGAGAAGAAGUGGGAGAAGAAGCGAUUGGAGCAAGAGCAGAAAGAGAAAACGCAGAAGCAGAAGAAUCCGCACGAGGGUCCCCACUGCAACGGGUUAAUAGUGGAAGUGGGCUACAUCUAAACAAAAGCUUGGAAUUUUUUUCAAAUAAUUUUUUAAGUUUAAAACGAUUAAUUGAAAGAAAAAGUGGAGACACAAAUGUAGUUACAAAAAGGGAAGAUUCGUUAGACAAAGGGGAAGAAAAAAUUGACAUAGAUAUGAAAAAAAAAAAAAAAAAAAAUUCUUAUGAAGAUUACAAUAGCUGUUCCCAGGUGAGCAAAGCCAACCAGAAAAGUAGUAAAAGCCACAAGUUUGAUAUUUUUUUUGGAAUCAACAAGAAAAAUAGUGAGGGGUUACAUUUUGAUCGCAAUUUUAUGAAGCACGAUGGAAGUGGUGCAAAUAUUGGAAGUGGUGCAAAUAUUGGAAGUGGUGCAAAUGUUGGAAUUGCCUCCAAAAUUGACAAUCGUAAGAAGGGCCAUGGGAGAAAAGAAAGCGAUGGUGAAUGCUUCGAUUCUAAGUUUGAUUCUAGAUUCGGCUUGGGCUUCGCUUUGGGAUUUGACGCUGGGUUUGCAUCCGAUUCUGGUGAAGAUUGUGAUGUAUCAGCAGGUGUUAAGACUGGAAAGCAGAACCAAGGUGUGAAGGUUGCUAGAGGUGCCAAAAACUUGAACAAUGUGAAAGACAUGAAAAAUGUAAAAGGCGUAGAAAAUUGUGCUAUUCGGGAGGAAGGGGAAGAAUCAGAUGAAUAUAUGGAGAACCGAAUAAAAGAUAAGAUGAAAUUUGAUAGAGAAUCAAAGAGUGGAAGUUGUCAACCAUCGACGAAUCACAGAAAUAGGGAAAUAUCCAAGCGAAUAUGCAGCGUGCGGAAGAGUGAGCAGAGCGAGAGUAUAAACUGUUUUGAGAUGAAAAGAGAUACAUCAUAUGAGCAGGAAACCUGUGAAUAUAUGCAAAAUGUGAAAGGAAAAAAUUUUAAGAAUGUAAAGAAUAUUUUACUAUCCCUUGAAUUAAGUAAUGAAGAAAAAAUCGAUAAAAUUCGAAAGAUAUUAUAUUAUUCGUCAAGUGAAGAAAAGAAACUUAUUAUUAACGAGAUUCUGAACACAUUAUAUGUGUACCCACAGUUAUAUGUAUCAUGUAUCAUAUGUUUAUUUUAUUUGUUCAUUCUUGAUAAUGAAUUAUUUGAAAGAAAUUUCAAUUCAGAUGAUUUGGUUUAUUUAUUUAAUGAGAAAAUAGACUUUCGGUAUGCUGAAUGGUUUUUAAAAACUUAUAUUUUUUACAAAUUCAAAUUUUCUACUGGAUCUCAUUCCAGUGAGUACUACAAAAAUUGCGUUCGAAACGGACCUCUCAAUCAUGGGAAGCGGGUCCGAGGUGAGGUGCAUGAUGGGGAACAGACUGAUGAGAGUGAAGUUGGUGGAGAGUUGGGGAAGAAGCAGGAAAAAGAAUCAAAGGAGAAGCGAGAAAAAGAAACGGAAAAGAGGCAAGAAAAAGAAACGGAAAAGAGGCAAGAAAAAGAAACGGAGAAGAGGCAAGAAAAAGAAACGGAGGAGAAGCGAGAAAAAGAAACGGAGGAGAGCCAAGAAAAAGAAACGGAGAAAUCUGAGGCACGAAGAAUGAGCCAGGGAGGAUGGAGCGACAUGAGAAAAACAGAUAUAGGAGGAGGAAGCAUCAUAGGAGAAAGGUUUGAAGUGGAUAUAAAGAACAAAAUGUUUGAUAACUUUUUCGAGGGUUACAAUUCUAGUGUAGAUUCAGCCGAUAACUAUUUCUGUGAAAGAAAGAAACAUCUGAAGGAUGGUGUAAAGGAUGCGAAGAUUGUGUGGAAAAAUAUAGAGAGAUUGAAAUGUGUUGGAUAUAAAGAAUGUAAGACAUUACUAAAAAUAUGUUUAAAAAAUGAAAAUGAGAAAAAUGUGAAUUGUAUAUGCUCAAGCAAGAUACGGAGUUUAGUUAUUUCUAUAUGGUCACAUAUAUAUACUUCUAGACCUAAGAAAUCUCUGAUAAAAUUACUUUUUAAUUGGAUAAAUAAUAAAAAAGAUAAUUUAAAUAAAAAGAAGAAUUUAUUUUAUUUAUUACAAGCAGAAAAAAAAAGGAAUCCAAAUUUGCAGAAAAUUUGUUUUACUUAUUUUUUAAAAUAUAUAAUUAAAUAUAAAGAUGAUUGCUCGAAUGACAUUAUUUACACAUUAUAUUUAAUUGAAGAAAAAGAAUUAAAAAAAUAUUCCCAGAAUUUUUUCGAAAUAAAUAAAAUUGAUGUUAACCAGUUUAUUUCUAUGUGGAAUAUUAUGUGUGUUUUAUUUUGGGACACGAAAAAAAUUAAUGAUUUUACAUUUUUGCAUAAGAAUAAAUUUUACUACUAUGAUUUUAUGCUUAUUUUUUUAAAAACCUUUUAUGAAUAUAUACGUAUAAAUAAAGGUAUCCAAAGGGAACACAUGAUUCACUUCAAUAAUAGAUCUUUUCACACUGAUGUAUCUGUUGAUGUAGAACCUAAUGCUGCUUCAGGUGGAACUCGUACCUCUCAUAGGAGAAGUGCUUCUAUUUCCAAUUGUUCUUCUAAUAAGGAUGAAACAGUAGAGGACGAAGGGGAUGAUGGAUAUUUGAAUUUGUUUGACGUGGAAAACAUUAUUAACAACUUCAACUUUGAAGAAUUCGUCAGUAGUGAGAUGCGUAACAAUAGCUGUUUAGGUACCUUCCUCUCAGGUACCUCAGGAAGGGUAGAAGCACACUUUUGUAGAUAUUUUUAUUCAUCCCUACAUUUUUACCAAUUCUCUACUCUCCCUUUUUUUGCAGAAUCUGUCAUGAUGGACAAGCUAAGCGAAUCAGAGAACCAGCGAGAAUUGGAACCUGGUCUCAUGCAGAAAAUCCAAAAGAACCACGGAACGAAAAACAUUCAUACGAACGAUAGCGUGGAAAUAGAAAACUUGCUUCUUCUUGGAAUAUGUAUAAAAAUUGUAGUUUGUAGAAUUUCAAACCUGUUAAAUGCAAAAUGCUGUUUAGAACAAUUUCAUUAUUUUUUAAAUAAUCAAAAACUGGGAUUUAAGACAUUUAAAAAUGUUCAUAUGGUUCUUGUGUAUUUUAUUCCAUUUUUCAAAAAAUAUUUUUUCUUGUGGAAAUUUAUAGAACAUGAAAUUGAUGCAGAAAUUAUCAAGUUGAUUAAGGACAUCAUGAAAGACUUGGAGAUUAUUCAAGAAACAUCUGGAAUGACCUUAUCCAAUAUUUCCAACACAAAUUCUGUUCAUAAUAAACCUAGCUCUAUUCAUCAGAUUAGUCAAAUGAAUAAAAUAUUCAAUGUAAAUCAUGAGAUGCAACAAAAAAAUGAAGAAAAUUGGAAUUAUUCUUUUGAAUCUCCCAACUUAUGCUAUGUAAGAGGGCAAUCCAAUUUAGAAAGUGAAAAAUAUGGAAGGUCCAGUCCGCGCAACUUUCAAAACGGAGACGAUAUUAUCUCAAUAGGAGAGGGAAAAAAGACAAAAAAUUUGGAACAUUUUUACCUGAACGGCAAGGUGAAUUUUUCUGCAGAUGGGAAAAAUGCCCCAAAGGAAGAAGCACAGAAGGAAGUAUUAACUGAUGACAUAUACUUUGCUACCUCUAGGUUGAGAAAAGAGAUGCUAGUAAUACAGAAUAGUGGGAAUAGUGGGAAUAGUGGGAAUAGCGGGAAUAGCGGGAAUAACAGUAACCAUGAUAGAAAUACAAAUGUUAGACGUUUCAAUGGAAAUGAUAGAAAAGAAACGAACUAUGAAUUGCAUUCCCCAAAUAAGAAACAAACAAAUGUGGAAAAAAAAAGCCAACAGCAUAAUGAUAACAUUAUGAUGGACAUGGUUAUAUGCAGAAGUGAAGAAGACACAGAAGAGAAUUGCGUCACCUAUGAUGAUAUGUUCAGGACAUAUGAAAGUGAAAGUAACUCUGUAGGGAAAGACACAGUGCACAAUUACAACGUAAAAGAGUACAUAACAAACUUACACUUUAAAAAUUCGAUGGAUGACAAUAUCAUUUCGAGGAAAAAUAAUAAUACCUCUGCAGAGGCACAAGGUGAGAGACAGAAAGGGAAAAAUGUCGAUAAUAAUGAUGGGGGAGAGGACAACAAUGGGGACAGCACCGAUGGCAACUACAACAGUGGCAACUACAACAGUGGUGACGAUUAUCAUGUUCACUAUGAAGGGACUAACGCGAAGGAAGCAGCAGCAUCCAUGAAAGAAGCAAAAAGGAAGAUGGGUGAAACGAACAGUUUGACAUUCCCAAGUAAGUUAGACGAUGACCUAUUUAAUGCGAAUUCCACAUUCUUUGGAAAAUUUUCAAUGGAUUCUGUACCUCCCCUGAAGAAUAGCUCAUCAAAAGAAAAACAUAUAUUGAACGAAGCGAAUCAGAAUUAUCACAACAGCAGUAAUGUUUGUAAAAUGGUUGUGGCACAGGAUGGUAUGGUAAAUGAAAAUAAAGGAAUAGGAAGUAGAGGAGUAGGAGUAGUAAACGUGACAGGAAUAUCAUCGGACCCUUUUAGUAAUAAAAAUGAUAUGGUUAAUAAAUUUUUAUCAGUUAGUUUGACAAGAGAGGAAAAUGGUGAAAAGGAGGAGGGGGUGAUAGGAAGAAUGGGAAGAAACGGAUCCAUUAAUAUAAUGAGUUUUAAUAGUGUUACUUCAAAAAGAGAAAAAGAAAAGAAGGAAUUGCAAAAAAGUAGCAAUAGUACAAUCAAUCGAAAUGAUGAAGAUGAUGAUCCAAGUGGUAUUUCCAGAGAAGGAGAAAAGGGUAAGAAUGUUACUAAUGUACAAGUAAAGGAAUUUCCAUUUGAUAAUGCAGUACGAGGAAGUAAGAAUUCUCCCAGCAGUGGAAUUAUGAAAACAAUAUGUAUAAAAAAAAAUCACAUGAAUGAAAAUUAUCAAGAAGUUGAUUUUACAACAGAUAUUUUGGAUGAAGAAAAAAAAAAAAAAAAAAAAAAUUCUGAAAAAAAUAAAUUAAAAAAGAGGGGGGGAACUGGGGCAGGAGUAGGAGGAGCAGCACCUAAAUAUCUGAUGCUCAAAAUUGACAUGUGUGAAUUAAAAAAAAUGACGAAAAGUAAAUUAAAACAUCCACCAGUUGGUUUAGUUAACUUAGGGAAUACAUGCUAUUUGAACAGCUUUCUCCAAGCAUUAUACAGCACUGUUUCUUUCGUUGUGAAUUUGUAUCUCUUUAAGGUUCGAAAUGACACGAAGGAAUUGACCACAUCAAACCCUUUCAUGGAGGAGAAGGAUAAGAACUGUUUGCAAAAUGGAAUCAACAGAAUUCAAAAUCAAAAUGAGAUAUUCAUUCAAAACAGGAUGAAUAAUACACUUAGCCGUUUGAACAGCUGCAAUAUUAUUACAACUAAUGAAAAUGAAAAUGAAAAUUUCAUUCAGGAAUUAAAAAAAUUUUUCAUUACAAUGACCACGACCACCAAGCCGUACAUAUCCCCAGAUUGUAUCUUAGGGCUACUUCCUCAUGAACUGAACAAUAGAAAUCAGCAAGAUGUGACAGAACUUUUAAGAUAUAUAUUUGAUAAGUUAGGUGGUUCUGGUAAAGAAUUUCUACGACUCAUAUUUUCAGGUGUUCUUGUUCAGAAAAUUCAAUGUCAAAAAUGUUUUCUUAUAUCAAAAAGGGAAGAAGUAAUACAUGACUUAUCAUUUCCCGUUCCGUUGAAAACUUCAGAACGUUUAUCAAUUCAAAAAUUUUUUGACACAUUUGUGCAGAAGGAGAAAAUUCAUGGAUCCAACAAGUACCGCUGCUCCAAGUGCAACAAAAAGAGGAACGCUCUUAAAUGGAAUGAAAUUAUUUCACCUCCUUGCCACCUCAUUUUGAUUCUGAAUAGGUAUAACUGGUCGUUCAGUUCAAAUGAUAAGAAGAAAAUCAAGACACAUGUAAAAGUAAAUUCAAAAAUAGUUGUAAACAAUUUUGACUAUAAAUUGUAUGGUGGAAUUAUCCAUGGGGGUACAUCAGCUUCAUCAGGUCAUUAUUACUUUAUUGGAAAAAAAUCUGAAUGUCAUUCUCAGGAUGAUCGAACUAACCGAUGGUAUAAGAUGGACGAUUCUGUUGUUACCAAAAUCAGUUCUAAAUCCAUAAACAGAAUAUCGAAGGAUACUUCAAAUGACCACACACCUUACGUUCUCUUUUACCGUUGCAAACAGGCCCCUCCUUCUCCUGCCUUGCACUUCUAG